CAUUUGUAUCGCUCUUUACGAUUACACUGCUCAAAACGACGAUGAAAUUUCCUUUAAAGAAGACGACAUACUUUAUAUUUUAGAAAAUGACGACGAUGAAUGGUGGAAAGCUAAAUUAAAGAUCGAAAAAAGUGAAGACGAUGAAAAUGCACCAGAAGGUCCGAUCGGAAUUGUGCCUAGCAACUAUAUCCAGGAGGCUGAAUGUAAAAGUGUUUUGAAAGCUGUUUACGAUUACGAAGCACAGUCAAACGAAGAAUUGUCAUUCAAAGAAGAGGAUAUAUUCUACUUAUAUGACAAAGAUGACCCUGAUUGGUACUUGGUUAAAUUCAACGAUGUAUUUGGCUAUGUUCCAGCAAAUUAUAUCGAAGAGACAUCGUUUGAUUCUGAGGAACAAGAACUACAAGAAAAUCAAGAACCCAAGAAAAAAAUGUCACUAUUUGACGCUUUAUCGAGCGCAUCCGAAAACAAAUACGUAGAUCCAUUACAACUUUAUGCUCGUAAAGUUGCUACUCAAAAAAGUGGCACGUCAAAAUCGGAGUUACUUCGCGACUGUGCGGUAGUUAAAUGGGAAGUUAUUGUAGUUGAUAAGAAGAAAAAGAAAAAGAAGGGUAAACUUAGUAUUGGAGGCGAAAAUGUAAUUUACACUAGUGAAACAGACAAGACUCCAGUUCAACUUUGGAAUAUUAGUGAUGUGGAGAGUGUCAAAUAUGAGAAAAAAAAUGUUACAAUAACAUUUGGUGGUGCAAAGCAAGCAACAUUUAAUUUUCAGGUAUCAAAUAAAAGUGAUGCUGAAGCUAUUUAUCGACAAUAUGUGGAAUGUACCGCAAGUUUAGAAUUGCCAACUGUUAAUAUUGACACAAGCUCUAUGAAAUCUCCACGACCAACUUCAACACAUGAUAACCAAGAUAAUGAAGAAACUGAGUCACAAGCUGACGCUGAAGAAAAUGAUGUAGAAGAAGUUAAUGUAGAAGAGGUUAAUGUAGAAGAGGUUAAUGUAGAAGAGGUCAAUGAGAUGGAGUUGCCAUCACCAAAACUUGGCAUUGCGUUAUAUGACUUUGAUGCUCAAGGCGACGAUGAGAUCUCAAUCCGUGAAGGUGAUGACCUUUGGAUUAUUGAUGAUGUUAGUAGCAAUGAAUGGUGGAAGUGUCGUAAAGGUGACGAGGAAGGCAUGGUACCCUCUUCUUAUAUUGAUAUACCAAAUGAAGAUGGCAAUGCUGACCAAUAUGCUGCUGAGGAGGAGCGUCAACGGUUAGAAGAGGAAGAAUACCAAAGGGCAGAAGAAGAACGAUUAAGAAAAGAGGAAGAACGGCUGAGAAAGGAGGAAGAACGACAAAGAAAGGAGGAAGAACGUUUGAGAAGAGAGGAAGAACGACAGAGAAAGGAAGAUCGACAAAGGAAAGAAGAAGAACGUCUGCGACGUGAAGAAAGUGAAAGAAAACGAAAAGAAUUAGAAAGACAGUUAUCAGAAGAAAAGAAACGAAAGCAGGAGUCUGAGUCCCCGCCACCACAACCGCCAGCAUUACCAAACGAAGCAGCUAUAAAGAAAAUACAAACACCAACAAAUCGCAUAUUGCCUGACAGACCAGCCCAAGCUCAAUCAAAAGAUAACAGAACUGGUUCAUUCCAAGUUGAAGCCGAAUUUCUUCAACUUAGUGACGGCAAAGUGCAUCUCCAUAAACUUAAUGGCAUAAAAAUUGCUGUUCCCAUUGAUCGAAUGAGCAAAAAGGACAUUGCAUAUCUUGAGGGAGUAACUGGAGAAAAACUAGAUGACAGAUCUGAUAACAUACCUUUGGCCGCUAUUGUUGCUGGACAUAAAGGCAAGACGACCUUAACAAACAAAAAUAAAUCAGAAUAUGAUUGGUUUGACUUCUUUCUUAAGGCUGAUAUCACGCAUGAUGAUGCGUUCAAAUACGCUAAAAUAUUUAUCAACGAGAAUAUGGAUGAGAGUUCAAUAAAUAAUUUAGAUCGCAAUGUAAUGAAAGAACUUGGCUUAAAAGAAGGAGAUAUAAUUCGAGUAACUAAAUACGUUUCUGAAAAUUAUACGUCUGUUAAAAAGAAAACUGCUAUUGGUGAAAGUAAAGAAAGAGAAAAGACAGAUAGGGAAAUUGCCAAAAAAGUCCAGUUUGAAGAACUCGAAAAAUCACAAAAAUUGUCAGAAUUUGACUUAAAGAUGCAACUGAAACGUGAUGAACAAUUAGCCAGAGAACUUCAAGAAGAAGAAAACAGAAUAGCACGUAGUGAAGGAAGAACAAUCCCAAAGGAUGCCGAUUUAUAUGGCAAAGGGACUCUAGACUCGCUCAUUCAACGAGAUGAUAAAGCAAAUUCACCAAAAACUCCACCAUUACUUUUUUCUGAAAACAAUGGCGUUUUAAAAAAUAAUACGAAAAAAGCCCGUCCUACGCCCACAAAGACAGCACCAAUUCAAGUUGAUGCGAAAACUUUUGUGAAUAGCAAGAAUUCUAAAGACCAAAUUGAUUCUGCUUUUAAGCCAUCUUCAAAGUCAUCGUCUUCUACGACACAGAAAUUCGAUGAUGAUGCUUGGAGCUUUACUGACUCAACGCCUGCACCUCCUCCAGUAGUCGCACCAAGAUCUUCUCUAAAUGAACAAUUAACUAGUAAACAAUUAAUUAGUACAAAUGCUCCUACUAAUUUGAAUACUAGUGCUUGGACCUCUUUAAGUCCCGCUGUUUCUCCUUAUUCCAGUAAUUCAUCACUUCCUGUCCAAUCUUCUCAACCUUUACUACAACGAAAUUUGAUCACCCCAUCUCCACCACCUUCACAACCAAUCGCUGUUCCAUUGAAUUCUACCCUUCAUCAACCUCUAAUUCCAGUUAAAUCUUCAAAUUUAUCUAUGUUGCCAACUAAUAAUGCUUUAUCGAAUCCUAACCAUGGAUUUGGCCAAACCGGUUUAUCUAUGUUGCCAACUAAUAAUGCUUUAUCAAACCCUAACCCUGGAUUUGGCCAAACCGGUGUAUCUAUGCUGCCAACUAAUAACGCUUUAUCAAAUCCCAACCCCGGAUUUGGCCUAACCGGUAUGAAUAACCAAUAUGUGACUACUACGACAACUGUUCAAUAUCAACAAACAACCUCGUUUCACCAGCCCAUGCAGAAUCAGCAACAAACAAAUUCAGCAAUAUAUGAUCCUAAAAAUGUGUUUGCUUCCAUGAAGACUGGACAAAUUGGGCCAAAAUCGCUACCUAAUGAUUUAAGCGUGAAUGCAUCGAAUGACAGAUAUGCUGCCUUGAAGCAAGUGGAUCUCCAAGGUCCAGGUGUUUUCAAUAGUACAUCAUCAUUCCAAACACAAAGCUCAACAAGUUUUGGUUUAAAUCCAAGUGGAUUCAAUACUAGUCCAGCAAAUUGGAAUCAGGGCGUUCCUCAGCAAAACCAAAAUUUUGGCGUAGGAGGUAUCCAACCUAAUCCAGGGUUUGGUUUUGGACAACAACCUGGUCAAUUUGGAUCUAAUCAGCAAGGAUUUGGUUCUAAUACUGGAUUCAAUAACAAUCAGCAAUUUAAUAACUUUGGUCACCAAAAAUAG